GCCGUCAACCCACAAGAUGUCACCUUGGGUCAAGAGAGUGUUUAUCCACAUCAUGCCACGACUGCUCCUUAUGAGACGACCUCAGUACGACCCUCGAGAGCGACAUGUGCGUUCGGCCUCGGAGCAAGAGUAUUUAGAUAGCCUUGGCGACGGUGGUAUCUGUGAUCCUUACAGCGAGACCUUCGUGGAAAUCCGUGGGGAGCGAGGAAGUCUCGGAGGCGGAGGCGGAGGCGGAGGAGGAGGAGGAGGCAACGGCGGGUAUAAAUUCAGCGAAGAUUUUCUCUCGUCACACGCCACAGGGAAGUGCGACCUGGGCGGCUGCCACCUGCACAACCAGCGGACUUAUUCCCCCGAGAUCCAGAAGGCGAUCGAGGGCGUCCAGUUCAUCGCUCAACACAUCAAGGACGCCGAUCGAGACAAUGAGGUGAUUCAAGACUGGAAGUAUGUGGCUAUGGUGCUCGAUAGACUUUUCCUGUGGGUGUUCACCAUUGCGUGCGUGGUUGGGACGUGCGGCAUCAUUUUCCAGGCUCCUUCCCUCUACGACACGAGGAGUCCUAUCGACCAAAUGUACUCUGAGAUCGGGACUGCUAGUUCGACACUGUAAAGGAUCGCCAAGGACAUUAUCCUACAAACAUACUUCCUUUAAAUCUGUGUGUGCGUCUGUUUAUGUGCGUGUGUGUAUCCGUGGAGGGAGUUUGUGUAUGUGUAAGUGUGGGAGUGUUUGUGUUAUGUUUGUGUGCGUGAGUUACGUGUAAAUAUUUUUUUUUUUCCUUCCUGUCUCCUUCAUCUCCAUGUCUAUUCGGUAUUUUACAUCGUGAAUAAUGUGAGAACUCGUCAACUGUGAGAAAGUUUCAAUUGUUUUGCUUUUUGUUGUUUGCUUUUUAAAAAAACAAAAGAUGUCUAUCGUGCGAGACUAAUGACGAAUUUACGUGUAAUAAUUAGUCUUCAUUUCAAGUAUUUCUUUCCAGUCGUUACUACCAUUAUAGUAGAUUUGACUUAGCGUAGGUCGAGCUUUUUUCUUUCGAAUUCUAGAAGUUACUUGGCGAGCAGAGCAAAUCUCACUUCCGGACUCGGGAAUUUAGGCGAGAGGCCAGUUACGCAAGGCCAGGCAAGGCGUGGAAGCUUCUAGAUAUAUCAUGCAAUUGUCAGACAGAUCAUGCAGUUUUGCUUAUGACUGGAUCAGCUGACAGGUCUUUGGAUCGAAACGAUAAAAUGCUUCAAAAUGUCAUGAUCAUCUGUUAGAAUCUGAAAAUGAAGCAUUAGGAAAUUAGAACAAAAAAAUCUCUUUUUUUCUUGCCAUACACUAGGCAGAGGAUUUUUUUUGAAAGGCCUUGUAAACAUACAGGUUACGUAUGUAAGGUCAUAGGUCAUACAAUUCGCAAAUCUCGAUCGUUUUAUGAAAAAUUAAGAUGGGAGAUAUUUGAUAUUUGAAAAAAAAAACAGAGAGUCAUGAAACUUGGCAAAAAUAAUGGGUUAUAUUUUUUUACAUGUCUGUAAUGAAAGCAAGAAAAAUAAAUGUCGGCUCAGGUUGAAGAAAUAAUAUUAAAUGAUUUUCAAGACGGAAACGAAGACAAAAUCAAAGAUAAAUAUACAUAUAUACACAAUAGUUUUCCCUAAAUUUGAUCACGCAUUGUUAAAAGCGUAAAGAGAUUAUUGUGUGACAUUGUAGGCUUCAAUCCUCUUCAAUUCAACUUUGAAAUACAAUUGAAACAUGAUGGAGAUACACAUAGAAUAAGAUUAUAUUUUUUUCAAGUCCAGAAGACGGAAAUGAUUCUCGAAUGCCGUUUUGUUUGUUUGUUUUAUCGGACACUUAGAAAAAAAAAAAACUUGUCUGUAUGGACGUGUUGGUAGUGUUAAUACUCUAUAUACGUUAAGUCUUUUAACAGCUCAUCGUGAAAUUAUUAAUAUCCUUUUUUUUUUAUCUCGCUCUUUCUCUGUUUUCUUUCGUGUGUGUGAAAAUUCUUCUGCCAAUCAGGAUUGUGCUUCGCGUUUCCGCCAUUUUCUUUUCCUCGUGUUUCCCGCCAUUUUUUCCCUCGUGACGUCACUCGGCUUGCGCUUCUCAACAACUUUUUAAGCCCUGUGUAUGUUAAAUAGUAUGGAUCUAGGAACUAAUGUUUAGUGUUUAAGAAGUCAAUUUUUACGUAUUUCUAAGACGUAUUGCGUGCACUUGAUUACCGACAAGGAGUCUUAACAUUUGUUGAGUCGGUGGAGACGUGUUGGAAUUUUUGACCCGAAAUGAAAAAGAAGAAAAACAAAUCCUUUGCAAUGAAGGAAGGUUAAUCCGUUUGUGGGAGCGCAUGGUUUUAAUACUUAUGGUGUGUAUCUUCGGCUCAAAUACAAUACAAACGUAUAAUUAUGUACAUAAUGAAGUUAGUGUUAGACAAUUUUGAAUAUUUCAAAACCAAGAAUAUAUUUCUUUUCUUCUUCAUCAAUGUCAUUUGUAACCACUUACCCACAAUAGAAAGAACAAAACAAUGUCAGUAUUUUGUUUCUCACUACACUGAGAUUUAUGUUAAAUUUUUCAGUCAGGAGAAACGCUUUUACUCUGACAAUCCAAUCCUGUUCUGACUCUAAUUAAGUCUUUGUUAGGUCCUUUACUGUUACUUCUAUUUUGGUAAAUGCUGACAAAUGUCAUUUUGAGUCUUCAUUUGUUCUCCAUUUCUUUGUUCAUUAUUUGUCUAUUUUUUCCCACUUGUAUAUUUCCCGCCCUGUCUGUGGGUCUCUCUUUUUUUUUUUCUCUCUCUCUCUCUAUAUAUCAUUCUUCCCCCCCUCUUCCUAACCCCCCCUCCUCUAUCUCUCACUCUUUUUUCUUCUCUUCUCUUCUCUUCUCUUCUCUUCUCUUCUCUUCUCUCUCUCUCAGUCAUUCACUCUUUAUCACAUCUUUGAGCAAUCAUGUGUUUUAUCUUUACACAAAACCUUUUUCCUAAUACCCGGUAUAUUUAAGGGCAGUUAGAUAAAAAAGAAUACAUUUCAUUAGUUAUUUAUAUAUAUAUAAAUACAUAUAUAUACACAUAUGAUUAUAUUUUGGGGGAAACGAUAAUGUUGGAAGGAAGUAAAUAUUUCCCAAGAAUUGCAGACAAUUGCUUGUAGAAAGUCGCCAACUCUGUAGCUUUUGAGUGACAAUUUCCUAUCACCGAUGUAAAUGGAUGAAGCUGUGGGGUUCUCAGCCUUCGGUGUCUACGUCAGAAGGUCGAAGAUCGUUUGCUGAUGACCGAAACACCUGCAACCGUUUACACCUGAAACGCUUAUACGAAUGAUGAGAAAAAAAAUAUCUUUAUAUCUAAUGAAAAAAAAGGCAAAGGUAAAUUUCGUAGACGACGAAAAAUCGAAGUAUUGGCUUAAAGUCAACAGUAGCACUUCUUUAUAUACACGAAGGUGAUUUUAUUUUCAACUUCCGUCGUGAACCUAGUUUUUGGAAACGAGGUGAGGAAAGUUUAGAUGCCAUGAAAGAUAAAUUACUAUUAUUUAGAUCUUUCACACACACACACACACACACACACACACACACACACACACACACACACACACACACACACACACACACACACAUCUAUCUAUAUUUAUGUAUGAAUAUAUAUAUAUAUAUAUAUACAUAUAUAUAUAUAUGCGUAUAUACACAUAUACAUAUACAUACAUACAUAUUUAUACAUGCGUAUAGAUAUAUGAAAACAUAUAAAGAGGUCUUACUGUUUUCACUCCGUAAAUUACGAACUAAAAUUGAAAUCAAUCAAAAUAUGUGCCAAGAAUUAACAGAUAAACACAGUCUUCCUUAAACUCCGAAAAUUUUUUGCUCACUGCUUCAGUAUUUUGUUACUUGCACUCUUGUAUUCAGGAAAUGAUAUGCAAAAGCACUCUUGAGUAUUUCUUUUGUUUUUCGUCUUUUUAUCAGGAAUAUUUAAUAAGAAUCAGAAUGUGUGUUUUCUAAGGGUUAAAGAGGACGAGAAACAUGUGUGUAUGUUCACUGUUGAACUAAAUUUUAUCUGUUUAUUGAAGAAUAGGUGUAGAAUGUGUAUAGGUGUCUAGAGAUAAUUCAGGAAAUUAGAUUUGCGUAUUUAUAUAAAGAAUAGUUCCAGUGUGUGUGUGUUUGUUUGCGCGCGCGCGAGUAUAUAUGUGUCUGUGUAUACAUACAUACAUACAUAUAUAUUUAAAUGUAUAU